GAAGCUUAAGCCCGUUUGCUGAGUACAGUGGUGACAUCAUGGAUUCAGAUACUAACAGGUCCAGCAAGCUGGACGGAGAAUGAGACGACGUGCAGAAAUGAAAACAAAAGAACUUCCUGACCAUCGAAAUGACUUGUGAAAUUAAGAGUAAGCAUCAUCCGGUUCAGAUAAAGUGCUCAUUUCCAGAGGUUAAUGAAACUAAGAGAGAUUUUUCUGUCUACUUUCAUUCAUCCGAUGGAAGUCAGGAUGCAGUAGCCAACUGUAUUUUCAAUGGAAUAAACACAUGCUUGACAGAAGAGGGCUUCGACGCCAAACUGAAGGUUUUAACGCGGCCAUUGUAACAGUUCCUGACUCAUUUGCAGCAAAGACCGGAAUAUUUGUUUGUCAGAGAGGAGAUCUACCUUUUUUCGAAAAUUGUCAGUUCCCUCUUGAAGGCAACAGUCUUAUCUCUGAAACUGGUUAUGGAACGACAACAAAUGUAAUUCCUGGUUUUGUAACGACCAAACACUCUGGAAAUGAAGAUGAUAAUCAGUUGAUUAUUAUCUGUGCUGCCGUUUCUGCCAUCGUUGGGGUGAUUCUUCUGCUCUUGUGCAUCACCUUUAUAUGGUUCAAGAGAUUCAGGACUAAAAAACAUCAUGAACAUUCCUACACGAGAAGAAUGUAAGUUAAAUGUUUGUGA